GUGGAGGUUUAUGUAGAAAAGUGGGAAGGAGAACAUCUCCUGUAAUGUUUCCUUAACAAGGCAUGGUUCCAAUUCAUGAAGCGAUUCUAAAAUGUUUUAGACUAGAGGUUUCACACGGACUUGAAAUCCUUAUUUUAUCCAUAACUUAUAGGAAGUAUUAGUUCAAGUAAGGAGUCAGUCCAAAAAACAUUACUAUACCAUUCCUAUUACAUGUAUGGCUUAGCAUGGCGUUACCAGAGUAGUCUCUGCUGUUAAUAAAUAGUUUAGUUAUGUUAUUCAGUUUAUUACAACAACUGAUAAGAACCUCUUCGCAGGUAAGGAAUUGCGUUCAUGCCUAAUUGAAAUUCUGUAAACAUGUGGUUUGAGACCUGUUACUAAAAUGGUCUAUGCUUGUUUGUAGCACAAAGCAGUUACCCUUUUGCCAAUGUUGUGGGUCAACCGUUUUGCUCUUUGUACAAAAACCAGGUGCAUUUUUACCAGUUCUGAGUGCCGACCAAGAACCCCUUAAGUUUCACCUUUGGACAAAUAAUGAGAGUUUGUUAAAAGUUUAACAGGAUUUAAUGACAAAAUGAUCAAAUGUGUUACAAUAGUACAAUAGGAAGUGAGUACAGAGUGACUUUCACCGUCGCAGCGUUGGACCACACUUGGCACACCUUAUGGAUGAAACCAAGAACACCCGGAGUAGGGAAGACAACUUUGGGAAAGGAGUUGGCUGCACAGACAGGGUUGACAUAUGUCAACAUUGGUGAACUGGCACAUGAAGGCCAAUAUUAUGACGGGUAUGAUGAGGAGUACCAGUGCCCUGUUUUGGAUGAGGACCGGGUGGUGGAUGAACUGGAUCAAAAGAUGGUGGAAGGUGGUGUAAUCAUAGAUUAUCAUGGCUGUGACCUGUUUCCCGAACGAUGGUUCCACAUUGUUUUUGUACUUCGCACGGACAACACCCAGUUGUACACCCGACUUGAAAACAGGGGUUAUACUGGAAAGAAACUACAGGACAAUGUGCAGUGUGAGAUCUUCCAAACUAUUUAUGAGGAAGCCAUGGAGGCCUACUCUGAGGAGAUUGUCCACCAGUUACCAAGUAACACCCCUGAGGACCUUGAGAAAAACCUCCAGCAACUAAUUCAGUGGACUGAGCAAUGGAUAAAGGAUCAUAACUGAAACAUGGAGUUCUCAUUUUUUGUAAGAAUAAAUGUAUUUCUACCAAAUAA